GCGCGUCGAUGGCUAAAAAUAGUUAAAGAUAUACACAUAUCUAAUUUUUAAUAAUUAAUUUAAUGUUCUCGACUUACCAAGUGAGCUGUUUUAGUAAAAAUUUAUAUUUUACCGCGAACUUUGCUAAUCCGAGUUUGCAUCUGUGAUAUUUCUGUGACGUCAUAUUUAUAACGUUGAUUACACAUAACUAAAACGUAAAAUGAUUUCGUCAACCAUUGCUGAUCUGUGCAUAUUCAUUCUCACGUGGAAUGUAGGCACUCACACGCCUAAGGAUCGUCCCCUGAGCUCAUUGUUAGCCUUAAAUGGCACUACGAAUUGUCCAGACAACCGAAUGCCAGACCUUUAUGUCAUAGGAAUGCAAGAGGUCAAUACAAAGCCGAGCAAGCAGGUGUUAAAUCUGUUCCAGGACGACGCGUGGGUGCUGAAAAUUGCUGGUUACCUGACGGAGUAUGAAUACGUCAAGGUGGAUUCGAAGCAACUACAAGGCAUUUUGAUUACCUUGUUCGCACAGCGUCAACAUAUUCCGCAUAUUAAGGACAUUGAGACCGAGGAGACACGUACCGGCCUUGGUGGACUCUGGGGCAACAAAGGCGCUGUGAGCAUUCGCCUCAGUUUAUAUGGUACGGGUGUUAGUUUUGUUUGUGCACAUUUGGCAGCACAUGAUGAUAAGCUGAGCGAGCGAAUUGAAGAUUAUCACCAAAUAGUCGAUAAUCACAAAUACCCCACGAAGGGCUAUAGAACAAUAUUUGAUCAUGAUUUUGUCUUCUGGUUCGGCGAUCUCAACUUCCGCUUAUCGGGUGAUAUGUCAGCCUGGGAUGUGCGUGCUGAUGUGGAGCAGGGUAAAUUCGCUGAACUACUUAAACUUGACCAACUUGUGUUGCUGCGCGAAUCUGGUAAUGCGUUUAGUUUGCUGGAGGAACAGUUGCCCAAUUUUGCUCCCACGUUUAAGUUCAUCGAGGGCACCAACGACUACGACUUAAAACGACGCCCGGCAUGGUGUGAUCGCAUUUUGCAUCGCGUUCAACAUGACCGUUAUCCGGCCAUUACUUUGAGUGUCAAUCAGUUGUCCUACAGUUCAAACAUGGAUUACACUCUCUCAGAUCAUAAGCCGGUCUCCGCCGUAUUCAUGUACAAGAUCGAGGCUAGUAACAUAACCGACGAAGAAGUAUAUGAACUGACCCAUGGCUCGGCAAGCACAGUGCCAAACUUGUUUAAUGCCGACCUAGAAGAGUUCCACUGGUAGUAGAACGUGAUGCAAUAUUUCUUGAUGAAUUCCCUUGUCUAUAACUUGAACAUGUAAAUACGCAUUUGAAGGAUGUGCAAAAAUCUUUGCAUCAACUCACAUACAUUUGUACUUGAUUAUUUUUGUUUUUGGUGCCAAAGCAAUUGCUGAACAUUUUGUGCCUACAAUUAUGAAAACCAAGUCAAUUUAAUGAAUCUCUCUUAAGCUAGUAUAGCAAACAGUAAACGGAAUCUCAACAAUCCGGUCCAAAAUAACAAUGGAAAAGCAAUAUGUACCUUAGCAGAAUAUAAUAAGAUUAAUAGAAAGAAACUCAGUGAAGACGAAUACUCUUAAAAGUUAGAGAAAUUGUUGCAUAUGAAAAAAGACAUUCUAUAUACAUAUGAAUAUAAAAUCACUUAUUGCACUCACUAUGUAC